AUGAAGGAUGAGGAUUUGCGUCACGAAGAGAGAAAUUCAACCUGUUCGCCCGCCCUUUUGCCUUUUUUUUCGAAAUUUUGUUGUGGUCUCUUGACUCGUGUUCUCUACAAAAAGAAAAUCGCGAAAAGGGAAAAGCAUAAAAAGAGAGAAAGUAAACGGGGAAAUGUUAUAGAAAAGAAAACUCAUUAUUUACUAAAUAAUGCAAUGCAGUUUCUAGUAGUUGGAUCAAGAAAACUAAAAGAUCGAGAAGCGUUGAAAUGGAAGAAAAUAGAAGAUGGGGUGUUGGAAGUGGAUGGUGGUAAGGGCGAAGAAGAUGAAAAAGGAGAGGCCUCCCGCAGACCGGAGAAAAGAGAAUAG